AUGACUUGUUUCAAUUAUGGAGUGGCCAGCCUGAAGUUAUUAGAAUUGCGCGUACCGGCCCACGUGGCCCUUGGCGCACGUGCACAGCUCUUCUGCCGCUGGGAGCUGGGCCCUACCGACGUGCUUUACUCCGUCAAAUGGUACAAAGACGGAAAAGAGUUCUUUCGUCAUGUGCCAAGAGAUACGGAACCACGGAGGAAGUUUCCCUUGCCUGGUGUUGACGUCGAAAAAUCAAGUCCAAACGGCGCUAAUGUGACGCUGUACCCAGCCAUUCUGGAGACGGGUGGCAGGUACCGCUGUGAAGUGUCUGGGGAGCGACCGCUAUUUCCAACAGUCUCAGACCAUUCGGAUAUGGUCAUAGUUGCGUUACCGGAUCAUGGCCCCACAAUCACGGGAUCUCGAUUAAGAUACCAAAUCGGCGACCGAGUUCAGGUCAACUGUACGUCAGGUCGAUCCAGGCCAGCAACACGUUUAGCCUGGUAUAUCAAUGGAGAGCCAGCGCCUUCUGCAACCUUGCUCCCUCAAACGUAUGAAGAGCAUGAAGAUGGUAUGCAAACCACAAGUCUGGCAUUGGACUUCAAAGUUAAACCAAAACAUUUUAGGAAAGGAGACCUGAAACUUAAGUGUCUCGCAACGAUAGCGACUGUUUAUUGGCGAAGUAAUGAAGAGAGUGUGCAAGGGGAGAAGAUAAAGGGCUACUCGAGGUCAAGAGAGUUGACAGAAGGAUCAAGAGCUGACCGCGUCCAGGCGGCUGGAAAAUCAAAUGCAGCUGUCGGAUUAACGCUAACAACUUAUCUCCUGUUGCCUUGUGUUGUACUAAACGUGCCACACAAAAUGAUUCAUUCGUAA